AUGCCAGACAGAGGCAGACCGUUGAAACUUGACGACGAGACGACGGAGGCCAGCGUGCCCAGCGUGCGCACCGGGUACUGCAUCGUCAUCUCGUCUAUCCUCUUCUUCGCCCUCGGCAGCUACGCGACGCUCUUCAGCGCGUUCUACCCGCACACGGGCAUUCCGGUGAGUGCGCGUUCGAACACCGCACCGCUUCGGCCGCUAGAGCGGACACCGCAGAUCCUCGACGUGCUCGCGCGGGACACGCACUACAAGUACUUCGCCCUGUUCCUGAUACCCACGACGUCGUACUUCGUGAUCGCGAACUGGGUCGGGUGGCAGUACUACCGUAACUCUUAA